GUGAGUUCUCUUGGGCCAUCUGGAUGGAUUUUCAAGCCCAUCGGGAGUUUCCCUUGACAUGUGAGGCUAAGGACGUGGUAAACACAGGUGUGCGGGAACCGUCGGCCAUGGAGGCUGGGGAGCUGAGGAACUGCAUGCCCAACUACCGUCUCAUCCCGGAGACCAGCCAGACCCAGGUGGAAGAAGAUGUCAGCACGCCCCCUGAAAAGCCCCAGGAGGCAAUGCAGCUGAAGAAGGAGAUCUCCCUGCUGAAUGGGAUCAGCCUGGUGGUGGGCAACAUGAUUGGCUCAGGGAUCUUUGUCUCUCCCAAGGGGGUGCUGGUCUACACUGCCUCCUAUGGGCUGUCACUGGUGGUCUGGGCCAUUGGCGGACUCUUCUCCGUCGUCGGUGCCCUCUGCUAUGCAGAACUGGGUACCACCAUCACCAAGUCGGGGGCCAGCUACGCCUAUAUUCUGGAAGCCUUUGGGGGCUUCAUUGCCUUCAUCCGCCUGUGGGCCUCAUUGCUCAUCGUCGAGCCCACCAGCCAGGCCAUCAUCGCCAUCACCUUUGCCAACUACAUCAUCCAGCCCUCCUUCCCCUCCUGCAAUCCCCCUUACGUAGCCUGCCGGCUCAUCGCUGCUGCCUGCAUCUGUUUGCUGACAUUUGUGAACUGUGCCUAUGUGAAGUGGGGCACCCGCGUGCAGGAUGCCUUCACUUACGCCAAGGUCCUAGCGCUCAUUGCCAUCAUUAUCAUGGGCUUGAUUAAACUGUGCCAGGGACGCACUGAGCACUUUCACCAUGCCUUUGAGGGUUCCUCCUGGGAUGUGGGCGAUCUCUCUCUUGCCCUCUACUCUGCCCUCUUCUCUUACUCAGGUUGGGAUACCCUUAAUUUUGUAACAGAAGAAAUCAAAAACCCAGAAAGAAAUCUGCCCCUGGCCAUUGGGAUCUCUAUGCCCAUUGUGACGCUCAUCUACAUCCUGACCAACGUGGCCUAUUACACGGUGCUGGGCAUCCAGGACGUGCUGGACAGCGAUGCUGUGGCCGUGACCUUUGCUGACCAGGCCUUCGGCAUGUUCAGCUGGACCAUCCCCAUCGCUGUGGCCCUGUCCUGUUUUGGGGGCCUCAACGCGUCCAUCUUCGCUUCGUCAAGGCUCUUCUUCGUGGGCUCGCGUGAGGGCCACCUCCCGGACCUUCUGUCCAUGAUCCACAUCAAGCGCUUUACCCCCAUCCCAGCGUUACUGUUCAACUGCACCAUGUCCCUCAUCUACCUCACGGUGGGAGACUUAUUCGUGCUCAUCAAGUACUUCAGCUUCAGCUACUGGUUCUUCGUGGGCCUGUCCGUCGCUGGCCAGCUCUACCUUCGCUGGAAGGAGCCCGAGCGCCCUCGGCCUCUCAAGCUGAGCCUGUGUUUCCCCGUCACCUUCUGCUUGUGCUCCGUUUUCCUGGUGGUCGUCCCGCUCUACAGCGACACCAUCAACUCCCUCAUUGGCAUCGGGAUCGCCCUUUCUGGUGUCCCUGUCUACUGCCUGGGGGUUUACCUGCCAGAGGCCCAGAGGCCCCUCUGUAUCCGCAGUGCUGUGGCGGCCAUCACCAGAGUCACCCAAAAGCUUUGCUUCUGUGUCCUGACUGAGCUGGAUGUGACCGAAGAGAGAGGAGCUGAGAGGAAAAUGGAAUAGAGACCAGAGGUGAGCGAGUCUGAAACACCCACCUAUGUUUGGGGGCUGCUACUGCACACUGGCGGUGCAGAGCAUUUUCACAGCGGCAGAAAGUUCCGGACUACACAGACCGCAGUCAUUCAGAGUUAAGGCAAAUGUGAAAAGGAGCAGGGACAGUGACUUCGCUUUUCUUUUUUUAAUACUUUUAUUGGGGACUCUUAAAUCUCUUAUCACAAUCCAAUUAUUUCUCCAAUGUGAGUGACUUUGCUUUUAAAGCGUAACCAAUCCUGGUAACAAACUGAUCUUCGGGGCAGAGCUUGGGGAGUGCGGAAGAGGGGCGUUUCUCAAUGCAGAGUCAGGUCCAGGCUUUCCUUUUCCUCACGGCCUUCCUGUCAAAGUCACGUUAGAAACCUCUUACCACCCCCACUCCUUUCUGUUGCAGACUGGGGGGCGGGGGAUCAGGUGGAGACUUUACAAAGGAUGAAUGUCAGUUUUUACUAAAGACAGAUGAUCACAUUUAUGCACACACGUUCCUCAGGAGGCCAGCAUCACAGCCAAGAGGCAGGCGGUAACUACAGCCCUUGGCUCGGGCAUGCGCCGCCUUCUGCUCUGAGGGUGAUUCCUCUUUUGUCGGUGCUGCUGCUGCAGCCCUUUCACACCUCCCUGUCCAAAGGAACAGGCAGCCUGCAAUCCGGCUACUGUGGGAAAGCUGGGCCUCACUGCUGCUGACACAGGAACCUCGACGAGCAGAGUGGGUUUUUGACUGGGGGUGGGGGUGUGGUUGAAGUGAAGGGCUCUACGUACAGUUAGUGGGAGAGCUUCCUCCCUUAGCCCAGUCUUUGCUGUGGAGGGAUGGUGCUGUUGGCCACACUUCUCGGUUAAGCAGAAAACCCAAGAGGACAUCACCAGGCAGGAGGCUGUCACAAGGUUAUCAGUCCGAGUCCAGGGAGCUGUCAUAGCCGAACUCCUUCUGCACAUCUAGAGGGUACUUGCUCCAGGUCUGGGGCCUGCAGAUGCCUCGUCCCUCCUCACCGAGACUGCCAUCUUCAUCAGAACCUAGAACGGACACCAGGCGUGAACUCUCACGAAACCUGUCUUCUACAUACAAGGAGAGCCCCUUCUGGGAUUUGUUCCAUUAGAAAACACUUGCUCAAUAAAGAAAGCUUAGAAAAUAGUAAAAAUUUAAAGUCUCAAACAAACCCACUGCCCUCUAGUGGAUUCCAACUCUCAGCCACCCUUUCUCUCUAGGACCCCUAGGCUGUGGAGGAGUCAGGCUAAGGGAAUUAGUCUAAGACUCAGCCAGGCAGCAACAGGACACAGGCCUUGAGCCCAGGCCUGAAUAGCAGUAGACCCCCACCCCAGCGUGGCCCCUGCAUACUGGUCCUUGCGGGGUCCUAAAGCUUGAGGCCAGAUGUACCUGACUGUGCCCUCAUGUCUGCCCUGCACCCUCCAGCCCUCCCCACCCAGCGCCACCCUGUACCUCCUGAACCCUCCUCUUCAUCACUGCUCUCCUCCUCCGGGUACUCAUUGCGCCAAUUGUUCUCACUGUUCUCAUCAUCCUCGUCGUCGUACACGUCCUCGGGGUGCUGUUCGUCAUUCACCUGCACAUCUCAACCCGAACAUGAGUCUAAGUCAGAACACCUGAGGCUCUGUUCUUCAGAGGCAGCUAGUAACGGGCUUAGGGGAUGUCAUUUAAGGAUGCUAUGUGAAAAAGCGGUCGACUGGGAGUGACCUGGCCAUUGCACAAAAGGCCAUGGCCCUGCAUUCCUGGAGGAAGAGGCUGGCCACCCCCAGGAGGGAACUCACCAGGUGGGGAGCAGCAACAGCUCUGAGCAGGUGUAAUGGUGGUUACCUGAAACUGCUGGGCAGCCAGGUGGGUGAGGGUUUAUGUAUUACAAUUACGGGUGACGCUAGGGUUAGAGCCCCAUCCGAAAGAUGAGUGCAGGGCCCUGCAAAUGGGUGCCUACACGUCUUUCACAGGCAUGGCAGUUUGCUUUUGUCACCCACCACUGUAGCUUUCUUUACUCAGGGUAUUCACAUGCAAUGUGAACAAUAGCCAUUCUUAGUGGAGCUCAGGGAGGCAGAGGCCCCCAGCCUGGAGAGUCAGGUCAGCCUCCUUUGCCUGGGGUCCCUUACCAGCUCCAACUCCUGGCUGUAGGGCUGGACAGAGAGGAUGUUCUCAAUCCACCCUGGAGUGGUCAUCUCCAGACAGUAAAUGUCAUACACGUAGUCGCCAUCCUUCUCUUCCUUCUGGGGCCCAAUGCCUGAUCCCAUCUCGGAGAUGGUCAACCGCUCACGGAUUAACUCUGUGGAGUUACAGAGGAUCACAUCUGGGUCGUCCGCCUGCUGAGAAAACAUAGCAAUACCAUCUUAAAAGUGGAAUUGGGGGGAGGAAGGGGAACCCUGGGGUUUGUUUUGUAUUAAAAAUUCCUAUCUCCUAAGCUAACUUAAAAAAGCCAAACAAUAGUAGAAACUAAGAAUCGUAUAAGGUAGUCUCCUGCUCUUUUGUCCUUGGCUGACCCAAGAGGCUCUAGGAGGGAGGCCUAGCCUGGAUCACACCUUGGCUGAGUCUCAUGCGGCAACAGGCCUUCUCCGAGCUCCUUUGUCCCAGUGUUUUCCCCGUGGGGCCUCCUAAACCUACAGCAGAGCCUGCAUGACUCAUCCGCCAAAGGGUCUGUACAAGGGGGCUCCCAACAGGGGACCCAUGAGAGAUUCUGGAUGCCGGUGACCAGUCUACCAUCAUGUCAUUUGGCUUACCUAUACUGACACUGCGUUCACUCGCAAACUUGGAGUGGAUUCACCUGUAACUUCGUUUCUGCUGGGAGGGACCACUGGCAACGGGUUGCCUCCGACUAGCAUGGGCCCAGGUAGAGCAGGUUGUUACCCAGGCCCUUGGGCACCAGGGCAUGCUGCAGAUGAUACUUCUAAACAUGUUCAUCACAGGAAGCUGCUGGGCUUGAACCAGGCACUGCAGAGGGAUGUGGGGUGUCCAUGGACAAGGCGAGCUGGGGGCUGUUCCAUCCCGGAAGCCCAUUCUCCCUGACUAUGCAGUCACAGUGAGAGGCAGUUUUGGUGAAGGCUUCUGACCAAUCUCAACACUUUUCAAGGAAAGCCCCAGCUUCAUCUCACAAGCCCCGCUGCCCUCCAUCCUGCAAGUCAGGCAGCCAAUAAAAUAUUUCCAAAGACCAGCGAUACGCCAAGCAUUGAAUCAUACACUCAGAAGGAAAGAAACUAGUUUUUCUUAUUACCCUUGAGGCUGGGAUAAAAUGUUUUUUUUCCUUUACUUUCCACUUUGCUGUAUUUCCUGCCUAAAUUUUCUGUAAUAACCAUAUAACUUCCAUAAAAGAAAAAUAAUUUGUUUAUGCUGUUUCUCCAUAUUUUCAAUUAUGCUCCACCUAGCAUUUCAUACUGUAAAAUAUAUAUUGUCUCAUAUUGUCAGUCUUCAUGGUUAUCAAUUUAAUGGCCAGGGUAGUAGUAUUGUUGCUAAGUGCUGUCCAGUCAGUUCCAACUCAGCGAUCCUGGUACAACAGAACGAAGACACUGCCCUGUCUCUCGCCAUCCUCACAGUUGUUCUUACGUCUGAGCCCAUCGAUGUAGCCACUGUGUUAAUCCAUCACCUCUUUUUCGCUUCCCUGCUACUUUACUAAGCUUGAAGUCCUCCUCCAAGGACUGGUCUCAUCAUCCUUGUCUCUAAGGAGUGUUCUGGCUGUACUUCCUCCAGCACAGAUUUGUUUGUUCUUUUGGUAGUCCAUAGUACUUUCAAUGAGCUUCACCAGCACCCGAAGUCAAAUGUAUUGAUUCUUCCUCAGUCUUCCUUAUUCAAUGUCCAACUUUCCCAUGCAUAUGAGGCAAUUCAUGGCUUGAGUGAGAGCCACAGUAGUUCUCAAGUAACAUCCUUGCUUUUCACUACUUUUAAUCCCAAUGCAAUGCAAUGCAAUGCAUUUCCCUUGGAUCAAGGUUGCUAUGUUUAUUAGAUACACUGUUUAACCUCUAUACACAAUGUUGCAAAAAGUGUGCCCUUUACUGCAUUUGACAAAUGAUAGCAGUAUAUACCUAACAGGGUUUUGAUGAGGAUUAAAGUAAUGAAAGAAAAUAUUUAGCAAAGUGCUCAACAAUAGUAAGUACUUAGUAAACCAACCAUAGCUUUUGUUUAUACUGCUGUUUUUCUGUUGAGUUGUAUUCCUAGGAUAAAUCUUGUGGGUGGACGUACUAGAUAAAAGGAAUGAAACUUUGAAUUUUGUCGAUUUCCUGUUAAAUGGUACUUUCUUUUCUUAAACCCUAAAGUAUGACCAUCAAAGGAGAAAUCCACUGUCAUGUGGCACAGAUGUUAAGCUUUAAAUUGCUUUAGAGAACAUUUAUUUUUAUAUAGGUCCCAAGCUAUUUUUAGGCCCUUUAAACGUUAAUCCACGUGUAAAGGUUUAACAAAAGGCUUGCUUCUAUUUAAAUGCUGCAGUCACACAUCAUUUUAAUCACUGCCUGGCCAACAGCAUCACGGCCAGUUCCCUACUAGUCUAGAUGGCAAAGUGUAGUAAUUAUUCUGUGCAGAUAUUUUUGUUUGUAGUUUAUACUGCUACAGUGGAAAAAAGCUGUUCACCUCCUUUAUCAGUUUAUUGACUGGUUUUCCUAAUACAACUAAAUAAGCUAUUUAAUGCAUUUUAAUUUUAUUUCAAUGAGCAGUGGUUUCCUUUGAAAAAUGUGGAAUUCAUUCUGGUGAAAGAUGUGGCCAUGGAUGUCAUGCCCAAAGUGCUGGCCAAGCACCCUAAGCACUAUGAAUACAUAUGCUUGCUCUGGUUUAUUAUGAAUUAUACUUUCAUGUUUUAAACUUUGAA